AUGAAUGAAUAUGUUAAAACUGAUAAAUUAUGGGAAUCAAUGUGGAAAUUCUACAAAUCAAAUAUAAAGAUCAUUACUCCAAUAAGUAACUAUCAUCGAACAAUGCAUAUUGAAUGCAAUCCAGGCAAUCCACUCAAAGGUCUUUGGAGCUUUUUGAAGGAUUUUGCCCAUGGACAAGAGAUUUUGAAUAUAUAUGUCAAAGCUUCAAAACCAGAUUUAUUGAAUAUAAAUAAUACCAACGAAAGAACGACUGGUAUAAACGAUUAUUUUUAUUUCGAACUUAUUAAUGCCAGAUUUUCAGUUGAAGGAUACUCAAUAAAGACUGGAAAAAAUCAAUCAGGCGAUUACCAUCAUUGGGGAAAUAGUGUGAAGUUUUCAAUUGAAGGAAGUCAAGAUGGAGCCUACUGGGCAGAAAUAGAUACAAGCAUUGACAGAACUAAUAAUUCAAGUACAGUAUAUACAUUCAAGUGCAAGAAUGUUUCAGAUAAGUAUAAAUAUCUCCGCCUUUAUUAUAAAAGCGGAUCUGGUAAUAAUUUAGGAUUGUACAAUAUCGAAUUUUUCGGUUUUCUCACAUGGGAGAAGAACUAG